UAGGGAAAAUCCCAUACUCAGCCAGGGGAAGUCCCAUAAUAGACUUGCGUAGAGCUAGCUAGCUGCUACGAUCGAACAGUCAACUAGCUAGCCUAGGCUAACCUGAACACUCCUUUGGCAGUUGAUACAUAAAAACAACAGGUACAAUCAUUGAAUCAAAUUACAAUAGCUACAAAAACUGAUAAAUAGCUAGCUGGAGUCAUUAAGCCUUCUAAAGUUAACUUCAAAAGGGGGGGGGUCAAGGGACCCCAUGGACCCCCCGGCCCUCUGGAUCCGCCACUGGACCUAAUGCAUUUUCACUCACAAAAACACACUACUCGCCCAUUCCCUGGAAUGAAAAACAUACUGUAAGGUGCAAGGUAAGAUUCUGUGGGCUAAAAGGAGACAGUAUUUACAAUAUUGAAACAUAAGUACACCAUUGAUUGUAGUAAAAUAAUACUGACUGUCAUUCUGAUCAAGUAUAUAAUCACAAACGUGAGAAGGUUUUAUUCCUAAAAUAACACGUACCUUAUACUGAUAUACCUGUUGAGUACACGUUCGUGUCUAGUGUCUACUGUACUUGUCGAUAGUAACAGAAUGGUAUGUGCAUUGUGACAUGCAUGAUCAAGUGCAAAACCUAUACUCGGAAUGGUCACUUUACGCUCCAUUCUAUAAUAACAUUUUAACACACAGGUACGUAAACAUUUAUAAUACUUCAGAUUGCUCAAUUAAACUAGCCGGAUGGAUAGAUUCAAUUACAUUUAUUACAAACAUUAAGUAUGGGAUACUGUUACUUCAUCAAAACAUGUAUACAUUCAUGAGUCUAAAUAGAAACAAAAAGCAUGCACAAAGAACCACGUAAACAAAUCACAUAAUCAGUACAGGUACUGGAGGGGUGGCUCAUCUUUCGAAAUGACAAUCAGGAAAAUUAAACAACUUUAUUGAUAACAUCCCUAUGUAAUGUUUGUUUUUUCAGAGAGUUAAUUAAGUAUGUGUAUCGAAAGUAUUAAUUAUCAAUAACUAAUACACUGUACACACGUCAAUUCAUAUCUUAAUUCCAUGGGUUCCGGUGCACAGUUAGAUGAUCAUGCAUACUUUUUAGUCGUGAAUCCCUAUUACUAGUCUAGUAGGGGGCACUCUGAGCUCUUGUGAAACACUACACAUGUGCAUGUGUUCAUCUCAAGGGAAAUCUCCGAUCCCCUUCAAGAGAAAUAUAACAGCGAGCAAGUGCAUCACAGUGCGUAACUUGAUAUCAUACGACAUGAUUCCCCCUCAAGGAAUAGUCAACGUGUGAGGAUGCAUCCACACAAGUACAGCUGGGGGAACGACAGGAAUGUAGUAGGAAAACGUUGUUGAUGAUGAGUGUUGCAAUCCACAUACCUUCCACUACGAAGUGUAAAUAUCACAGUUAGAGGUUUUAAUGCAGUCAUACAAUUGUUAUCAAAUAGCCUGUGUGAAGGUUCAACAUUGCUCACUCAAUUAAUCGUAUUGGCUCUGUUCUCUACGAAACAUAAACACCCUCAAUACGUACAGGGCUUUACAAUCACGCAGCAAAACAUGUAAAAAUGCAUGUACAAUAAGUUGUACAACUGUGCAUUGCAAUAUCUAAUUCUAAUCAAGACACUGACACAUUUGCUACUUGUACAGCUUAGCGACCAAAGCAGGAAAUAACGACAAGCAAUGUACUCAAGGGGGGAUCUCAUGCAGAAAUGAAACUUUAUUUAUCAUACUGUAGGAAGUAGGGAGCAAAGAGGAUAUGCUAAGAUUGUGGGAGCCGUAAUUGAAAAGCAGCAACUUUGAACAAGGAGGAUACUAUUGACCGUGACAAAAGGUACGUAAGGAAAGGCCUUGGUAUUAUCAAACAUAGUCUAUACUAUACAUACAGAAAAUGAAUCCCAAUCUGUUUCAAAUAGGUUGCUGUUUAGGAGGAAUAUGAAAGUGUGUGGCUACAUGCAGUCAUACAUGAUAAGGUUGGCAUUCAUGAUUGGAUUGGGGUCGAGUGGCUGGCCGCUAAAGGAGGCACAUUUUGGGAAAUUCACAAUAAUUUAAUCACAUGAUUCUGAUCAACAAUUCAUUUUCCUAAGAGAAGAUAUGCUCUGCUCUCAAUGAUGUGGAGGGCUUCACUAGCUAGCUCACUGCGCAUGCUCAAAUAAUAAUGAUGUCAUUAUUAAUUGUAGGCAAAUGAGCCCGCCCACUUAUUAGACAGAUCGUGUAUCGCUUCUGUAAACCUGUUUUUGUGGCGAUUCUAGCAUAGAUACUAGCUCAUAGAAGAAUCGCAUUUCAUUUCCAGGUUCUAGCAGCUCUACUGGAAAGGUUUCUCUAGAUCUGUAUAAAUAAGAGUUUCUUUGUCAUGGAAGAGCAUGAAAACUUUACAAUCUUGCAAAUUACUUGUGAAGAAGUGAAAAAACAGAAAGUUCUUCAACAACCCCAAUCCAAUCAUGAAUGCCAACCUUAUCAUAUGCUUUGCUUUUGUGCUGUCUGCAUUAUGUGGAGCCAUUGCAGCACCGCUACCAAACACAGAAAGUGCAGGAGAGCUGAUCACAAACACAACUGAAAGCAUAGCUGAAAGCUACAACACUACGAGCCCCACCAAUUCAACGCCCACACAAGAACCUGCUGCUAUCGCUCAAUCUCAGUUCUCAGCCUCAGGGUUCAACUACAGUGCACCUGGCGAAGGUCCCGAGUUUGCAGUGGCUGCUGGCUAUCUGCUUGAAGGAUUAUUUCUGCUCGAUGAUUACAGCAAAAUUGUGCAAAGAAGCUACAGAAAUUUCAUUGAUCCAGAACACCAGUGCAGCACACCAGAGAUCACAGAUAGCAACAGCAACAACAUUUGGAAUUCGAUGGCCGCGCUCCAAGGAUAUGCUGAUCUGGCCAGACUGGCUUCGCAAUCAGCCAAUCAGCUUCAAGACGAGCCACGAGAUCAAAUGCAAGGAGUUGAUGAUCUCAUCUCAGCUGUGCUUAGCGAUUACAAAACAGUGUUGGCCCAGCAGCAUUGUGAAUGUAACUCCUCCGCCCCCUGUAACCGUGUGGUCCUAACCCCCUCUAUCAUACUACGCCCCGGGUGCAAACAUUACCCCUACGUUGCACGAAACCUCUAUACAGAUGUCCUCAACGCCGCUAGCUUAACAGAAGAAUUGAACCUCCCAACAACGAACAUGAUCACUACAAUCCAGUGGGUUAACACUCGCCUAGGCAUCGAUUCCCCCGCUUACACUUACUUUCAGUAGUACAAGAGGAACAAAAAAAGACCCUCGCCAUUCUAUAAUUAUUAGAUAAAGUUGAAAUUUAGACGAAUUAAACACACAGGUAAAUUCCAUUUUUGAAUAGUAACAAAUUUAGUGAGAUUAAAAAAUUUAAGGUUUUAAAAUGAUCAAGCCAUCGAAAUCACUUGACUAUAUUAGUCUGAAUGAACGACAAGAGUAUAAUGAUGUAUAUUGUCGUUGUAUAGAUUUUUCUGUACUAUUCGUUGUGUUCUGUGAACAUAAUUAGACUACUUGGUUAUAUUUAUU